AUGGAGAACGGAGUAGACGAGAAGGGACAGACACAGGGGAAGGAGAAUGUCGAGAAAGGCCCUUUAACAAGGGAAGCCACAGAUAUGGAAAUAGAGAAGGGUGUCAAUAAAGACACAUUUGACCUCAAAGCCGAUCUUGGAGUUCACGAUCUCGAAGGAGACAACCGAGACAUGGACGUCGAUAACAGAGAUACAGAUGUAGAGAAUGUUGAGGUUGACAUGGUUGAGGAUUCAGCCAGUGAAGAAGACGAUGCGUGCACUCCUCCUGACGCUGCCAUGGACGUGAAUGUCUCAUGCGAUGACGAGUGUGCAGAGCCUAUCAAAAAAUUCGAAGAUAUGCCUCGGUGUGAAAGCGACUAUAUGACCGAAGAGGAGGACGAUCCAGAUGACCUCUAUAAACCGGAGGGUACGAUAUACCUCGAUAUUGAUGGGUUCAGUCAGUUUUGUAAGGGAUCUCCUGAGACUCAACAACGUCUUUCGAAACCUGUGUUUGUUCGCGGUCUACCAUGGAAAAUCUUAGCCAUUCCAAGGGACGCGGCUCGAGUAGGAACCGGCACGAGACCCAAUAAAGCUCUCGGCUUUUUCCUUCAAUGUAAUGGAGACUCUGAUGCAGUGGCUUGGAAUUGUAUAGCAUCAGCUUCUUUGAAGGUUCUGGGUCAAAUCGAAGGAUUUGAAGAUCACUCACGACGCAUUACUCACACCUUUUAUCCAAAGGAAAACGACUGGGGAUACUCACAAUUUUUAACAUGUGAUCAUUUGAUUAAUCCCGAAAAUGGUUUUAUAAAGGACGAUACUAUUCGCUUGGUAGUACAUGUAUCCGCGGACGCCCCGCACGGUGUACAGUGGGAUAGUAAGAAACAUGCCGGUUAUAUCGGACUAAAAAAUCAGGGAGCUACUUGCUAUAUGAAUUCUAUACUGCAGACAUUAUAUUUUACUACAAAGCUGCGUAAGGCAGUGUACGACAUGCCGGUCUCGCAAGACGAUUCGGAGAAUAAUGUUGCCUUGGCGAUGCAACGGGUAUUUUACGAUUUGCAGGUGAUUGCUUUUUCCGUCUUGUAUGUGUCAUGUACUUAUAAUUUUUGGGUCUAAUC